AGUUGGAAUAUAGAUCUAACAUACAAUUGUAUAAAAAAUAAAUUGAAAAAUGUUUUAGGUCUAUAAUAUAGUGACAUUAUAAUGAUUUAUAGUGACUAGUCUAUAAUAAUUAUAUAAUAAGUUUCGGAUGUUUCUUCAGACUAGACUUAGACUAGGCUAGAGUGAAGAAAAUCCAAAAAGACUUGAAGAUGGUUACAGCAACUUUGACAUUGGAUAAUCCGGUAUUUCGUACAUUUAUUGGUUAUGCUGCUUUAGUAUUACUGAAGACAUGUUUGAUGAGUAUUUUUACCAGUAUUCAUAGAAUGAAACGAAAGGUUUUUAUCAAUGAAGAAGAUGCAAAAUCGUUAGGUGGUAAAAUAGAUGUCAAAAUUUCAACUCAUCCUUACGUCGAGAGAAUUAGAAGAUGUCACUUGAAUGAUCUGGAAAAUGUCCUGCCUUUUGUGUUGCUUGGUCUGUUGUACGUAGCCAUAGGGCCAAGCCAAGGCAUUGCGAUUCUUCAUUUUAGAAUUUUCACCAUCAGCCGAUUUCUCCACACAUUUGUUUACCUGGGCGCUGUACCACAGCCUGCCAGAGCAUUAUGUUUUCUGGUUGGGUUUUUGGUCAAUAUUUCUAUGGCCAUCAAUGUUAUUUUAGUUAGUACUUUUUAAAUCUGGUUUGUUUAUUGCUUGUUAUUUAGUAAAUCUAAGGAAAGGCAUUACUCAAGAAAGCUUUUUUUUUUUACAUAUAUAUAUAUAUAUAUUUUAGAAUUUAUGCUUGCUAAAAGUUUUAUAUUUUUAAAGUUUGAUUUGCACAUUUGAUUACUAAGCUCAAUCAUCCUGGGGUUCAAACCCCUACCAGUGUCAUUCAUCUGCCGUCCUGCUUGAAGAUCAGGGUAAUAUGACAUUGUCAUCUUUUCCUCACAUUGUUGCUCAUAAGUAAAGUAAAGUUCCCCUUUCAGACCUUGUGAUCUAUGGGGUAGAGGAUGUAAAGGUCAUCUGUUUCUUUGCCCACAGUUAUCAAGGGAAUCAUGUGGACAGCACAACAACCAACCGUCUCUAGUUUUCCCCCAACUAAUGUCAGGUACCCAUUAGAACUAGGUGGACUCAGAGGCACCCAAAAGUAAAAAUCCCGGUCUUCACCAGGAUUCAAACCUGUGACCCCCUGUUUGAAAGCCAAGCUCUUUACAAUGCAGCCACCAAGCCUCACUAGUGCUCCUAAGUAUUGGAUAGUUUUUGUCUCUAAUAAAUUGUCUGUGUAUUUUAACAUUUUUUUUAAAAUUGAUUAGUAAUGUUGAUUUAAUAUUUCUAAUAUAGCAUUAAAAAAAUAACACCUUGUCAGCAUGUUGAGACUCCCAGUGAGUGCCACUGUUAGAAAAAUGCUGCAUUAAGGUCUUAAGAAUAUGUCAUUGCAUGAAAAGAAAUAUCGAUGACUAGGUCAUCAAUAUACAUAUAUCACAGAACUAUGAAGACAAAAAAGAUUACAGUAAGUUUUCUCACCAAAAGAUAAUGUUUUUGUUAUUUAGUUUAAUACAGCAGCAGGUUGUGUUCUAUCUUGCUUCAUACUUUUAUGCUGUUGUGUACUGAAGUUGGGCAGCAAUUUGUAACAUCAUGUGUGUAUUGUCUCUAACUAGUGUGCCAUAUUGUACUUCCACUUUUGUUUUUGAUUAAAAUAUUUACAAAGGAAGAUUUUUAUUUC